UUCACAGACGAAACGGUACGGCGUUAAUAGGAAGCUAGUCUCAGCCGUUAAGGUUUGUUCACAGGACUAGAGCUGGGAAAUCUCGAAUCAUCUGAAUAUAUAUCACAUUUACACAACUGAAGUUGUUGUCAGUAACUUCAAUAUUCAUUCGGUGAUUUACACAGUUUGUGAUUUGUUAGCAGAAGACAACAGGAGACGUGAGUAGAACGUUUUUGUCUGUAGCCCGGAACCGCUGCUUAGCAUUAGCAGCUCAAACCGGGGCCCAGGACAGCGACGUCUCUAGAAAAACAGGGAUUUUAUUCUUUUUUUUUAAGGUUUUCUAUCCUAAAACCUGUGGACAUACUUUGGCGAGAUGGCUUGUGGAGCUACUCUGAAAAGGACUCUGGACUUUGAUCCGUUAAUGAGCCAAGCUUCCCCCAAAAGGAGGAGAUGCGCCCCGAUCAUGUCUCCAGUGUCUUCCCCUCAGAAGUAUUUGCGUAUGGAGCCCUCACCGUUUGGGGAAGUGUCGUCCAGACUCACCACAGAGCAAAUUCUACACAACAUCAAGCAGGAGUACAAGCGGCUGCAGAAACGACGACACCUGGACACUGCUUUCCAGCAAGCAGACGGGAGCUGUCCUCUGGACCUGCAGAACGUUCACAGUGGAUCUGCCCUACCAGGAACUUCCUCAGGUGCCUCGUCACCCACCAGAAAAGAGCAGCCUUUGUUUUCCCUCAGGCAGGUCGGGAUGAUUUGUGAGAGACUACUGAAAGAGCGGGAGGAUAAAAUCCGUGAGGAGUACGAUGAGAUCCUGACAACAAAGCUUGCAGAGCAAUAUGAUGCAUUCGUCAAAUUCACACACGAUCAGCUAAUGCGAAGGUUCGGAGAGCAGCCUGCCAGCUAUGUUUCCUGAGUGGCGGGGUCUCAUAUCCAGGAUUACCAUUUAAUGCAAGCUACUCCAGGGACUCAGCGGGUCUAGUUGGACUCUCUCCUAGCUGUGCCAUAUCGCCUCUAUGUGGACUUGCUGCCUCAGGCGUCACUUAGUGGCAUCCACAUUUGCUGUGUGUGCCAGAGUUAGGGGGGCUUCCAGCUGCAGGGACUUUCUGUGACUCCACCAGUGGCCUCUUACUGCCGUGUUGAUAUUUAUUUGGCUUUGUUCUGAUGCCUACGUAACAGGCUGACUGCCACCACACACUUGGCCUUCUGAUUUUGUUUUUGUUAAAUUGAGUUAAUUCUACAGAGAGGAUGUUAGUUGUGAAGCUUCUCUUUAUGUACAUUUUUAAAAAGAAAAGAAAAAAGGGAUUGUGAUGAGAGAACGAACCAGCUCACCUGCAGACUGGGCUCCAGGCCCGGGCAUCUUUGGCUUUUUAUUUUUCAGCAUUGUUUUAAAAAUUCUGGCAAUUACUGCUUUUACAUUUGUAUACACUGUAUUUUUGCUUGAGUUUUGUUAAUUGUUAAAAAAUGUAAUGAUUUUAUUUGCUGUAGGUAUAAAGGUGCUUUGAUUCAAGGAAAGCAAAUGAAUAAAGCGUUUACACAAA